AUUCCGGUGUUUGUAUGUGGCGGUGGGCUUUAACGGCGCUUUUCCAAGCUGUGUAAGAUAUUAUGGCUGCUAACAGCAGCACCGGUUCUGCCACCGAGCUUCCAGGACUGGAGACCCAGCGGCGGGAGAUCGACAACCUCAACCAGAACCAGCAACUCCGGGCCGGGGACAGCUGGUAUUUGUUGGACAAGAGAUGGUUUGAUCAAUGGAAAGAGUAUGUGGACACUGGGGACCAAAAUUCCUCCUCUUAUCCUGGGAAGAUUGACAACACAGAGCUCUUUGAAGAUCUGGAUUCCUACCAUCUGAAAGAGAGGUUGGUGGAAAAUGAGGACUUUGUCCUGGUCCCAGCAGAAGCCUGGCACAAACUCUUGACAUGGUAUGACAUGAUGGACGACCAGCCUCCAUUGGAAAGAAAGGUGGUUGACCUUCCCAGCACUGUUAAAGUCGAGGUCUACCCUGUGGAGGUUUACCUCUGUCUCUCUAGCAACCUGGAGAAUACUGUACCGGCACGAUUCAGUCGGGCAGACAAGAUACAUGCCAUACAUCAGAUGGUACGGCAGCAGUUUGAAGUGUCAGAUACAGCUGAAACACGAAUGUGGAUGAGGAGUACAGAUACAAGCUCGGAGAGGCUACGCAAUCUUAACAUGACUGUACUGGAUGCCUGCCUCUGCUCUGGCAUGACAGUGAUCAUGGAGAUCAGGAAUGUAGAUGGGACGUGGCCCACAUCCAGGCCUCAGAUCAUGCGGAACUCUGCUGACGAUCAGGACUCAUAUCGUGGGCCUCCAGGAGUGUGUGGGCUUACAAACCUUGGCAACACCUGCUUCAUGAAUUCAGCAUUACAGUGUCUGAGUAACAUACCACCACUGACUGAGUACUUCCUAAAGAACUUGUAUCUGGAGGAGCUGAACUUCUCCAACCCUUUAGGCAUGAAGGGUGAAAUUGCAGAAGCGUAUGCAGAUGUCAUCAAACAGAUGUGGUCAGGGAGGCACUAUUCUGUGGUUCCCCGGGUCUUUAAGACUAAGGUCGGACACUUUGCGUCACAGUUUCUGGGCUACCAACAACAUGACUCUCAGGAGCUGCUGUCCUUCUUGCUGGAUGGUCUUCAUGAAGACCUCAACCGAGUCAAGAAGAAGGAGUAUAUUGAACUCAAGGAUGCAGACGGCAGGCCUGACCAGGAUGUGGCUGAGGAAGCGUGGCAUAACCAUCUGCGGCGGAAUGAUUCUGUCAUCGUUGACACAUUCCAUGGGUUGUUUAAGUCGACGCUGGUGUGCCCAGAAUGUAACAAGGUCUCUGUGACCUUUGACCCCUUCUGCUACUUGAGCGUGCCCUUACCUGUCAGUAAAGAUAGAGUCAUGGAGGUUUUCUACGUCUCCCUCGACCCCACGGCCAAACCAACCCAGUAUCGGUUGGUUGUCCCUAAAGCUGGCCGAGUGUUUGACUUGUGCUCUGCACUUUCUCAGGCAACAGACGUCCCACCCAGCCAGAUGGUUGUGGCUGAUGUGUUCAAUCACCGAUUCUAUAAGAUUUAUCAAGCUGACGAGUUCUUAAGCUGUAUACUGGACCGGGAUGACAUAUUUGUGUAUCAGCUUAGCAGCAGCUCUGUGGACCAGGAUAGUGAGGAGGUGGUUCUGGCCAUCUACAUGCGCGAGCGCUCUCACUACAGAGAUUACGGCUCGGGCAGUAACAGUUACGGCACCUCUCUGUUCGGUCACCCGCUGCUGAUGUCUGUACCACGUGCUCAAUGCACACAAGAAGAGCUUUACCAGCUCUUACUGACAAGACUGGCGCGAUAUGUCCGUCCAGACCCCUCAGAAGAAGUAGAGGAAGAAGAAGAGGGUGAGGAUGGAGGAGAGGAAGAAGAAGAGGAAGAGUUGUACAAAGCUCAGACCAAUGGAGUUAGUGAUGAUGAGGGUGAGGAAGACUCUGAGGAGGUGGGCCCAUCCAAGAAAGAGGAAGAGCAGUCAAGGGAGAGCAGUCAAGCUGAUGGACCGAACAAUGGUCAGCCAGAAGCCAGCCUGAGCAGCAAGGGAGAGGAGAGAGCUGAGGAGUCGUUGUUAAACAGUGAACCUGACCGGGACAGCAGUACAGAGGAGGGCCAAUCGGCAUGCAGCAGCACCGACAUCAACUUCCAAGAUGCCAAUGAUGGGAAUCAAAGUGCUGGUACAGAGACCUCAGGAAAAGAGGAAGAGUAUGAAGAUGAGGAGGAAGAUGGAGAAGAGGCUGCAACUUGUGCGCAGGCAAAUAAAAGGCUUCCCGGAAGACGGCACUUCGGACAGAGGCGGAAAAAAGCCCUUUUUACGAUUCAGGCGGUGAAUUCUAAUGGCACCACAGAGCGAGGGAUGGGCGAGGCAGGCGGCAGCUUUUCUUUCAGCUCUCAGACAUACAUUGCCAUUGACUGGGACCCUGACAUGAAGAAGAAAUACUACAAUGAGAAUGAGGCUGAGAAAUAUAUAAAGCAUCAAAGCAUGGAUGUCCCUUACCAGCAGAUGACAGUACAGCUUCAGGAAUGUAUAGCACUCUUUACCACAGUAGAGACACUGGAAGAAGAAAACCCCUGGUAUUGUCCAACGUGUAAAAAGCAUCAGUUUGCCACUAAGAAAUUGGAUCUGUGGUCUUUGCCGGAGGUUCUUAUCAUUCAUUUAAAGCGCUUCUCCUACACCAAGUACUCUCGAGAGAAACUGGAGACAAUUGUGGAUUUUCCUCUGCGGAAUUUGGACUUCUCAGGUUUUCUCCUAAAGAAGAUGGUGAACAGUGCUGAACCUCCCUGCAGAUACGACCUAAUCUCUGUGUCAAACCACUACGGGGGACUCCGAGAUGGACAUUAUACUAGUUAUGCCCGGAACAAGGACAAUAGCCAGUGGUAUUACUUUGAUGACAGCAAGGUGACCUUUGCAAGGGAGGAACAAAUUGUGACGAAUGCCGCCUACCUCCUGUUCUACCAGCGCCAAGAUAAAAUCCGCCAGCCCACUGUCCCUCCACCCGUACCCUCAUCCACCCAGCCAGAAAACCACAUCACAUCGCAGACCCACGUUGGAGUGGAAGGAGCCGCUUCCUGUGUCAGCAUGGAGACUGACUGAUUUUCAUCUGUCAUUCUGUCUGCUUUUUCUUUUUCUCGCUACACUUCCAUCUUUCCAUCUCUUAUAAUUUCCUCCUUCACAAUCUAUUGAUCAUCCUUUUCCUCUCUGAUUCAUGAGGGAUUUUUUUAUUCGUUUAGUCUUACUCAACAGAAACUUGAACCUCUGCCUCUGCUCUGACUCCUACAGGAAGUGGGUGGCAGAGGCUACUCACUCAGGCUGGUGCAAGAGCAUCAUGGGGUGGGAAUGCAGAUUUUUUUCUUUUUUUUUCUUAACGACAAACUCAAGGAAAGAGGUCAGGCUGGUGGCCAGUGUAGAGAUUGCACACUGAUUUGUCUGCUUUGCUCCAGCAAUGAUGAGAAUCUGGUGAAUGAGGUUGCGCUGUAGCAGAUUUUGUGGUCAGCCAUAUUGUCGUUUGCACUGCAGUUCAUCAUCACAUGCUAACAUCAAUGCAUUUUUUUCUAUCUUAAGGUUGCUUUUCUGAGCUAGCUAAGCUGCUAUCUACAGUGAUGUUUGAUCUACAUGCACAACACUGGGCCAGGUUCCACUGCUUGACUGUUUAUGUUUUUAUGUUGAUGCUAGCAUCAGGAACCGUCAGAACUUCUGGGGUUUUUCAAUCACUUCUGGUUGUUCCAUUAGAAAUGUUUGUUUUCCAUCAAAAGUUAUGUUUUGUUUCAUCAGAAAAUGUGGUUCAUCCAUCAGAACUUCUGGUAUUCCCUUCAGAUCCUUUGGUUGUUUCAUCAGAACUUUUAGUUUUUCCACCAUAACGUUUGGUUGUUCCAUCAGAACUUCUUUUUGCUCAGAACAUUUUGUUGUUCCAUCAGACACUUUGGUUGUUCCAUUAGAACUUCUGUUUUUUCCUCAGAACUUUUGGUUGUUCCAUCAGAAAUGUAGUUUUUCCAUCAGAAACAUUUGGUUGUUACAUCAGAACUUUUGUUUUUUCCUCAGAACUUUUGGUUAUUUCAUCAGAAAUGUAGUUUUUCCAUCAGAACCUUUGGUUGUUCCAUCAGAACCUUUGGUUGUUCCAUCAGAACCUUUGGUUGUUCCAUCAGAACUUUUGGUUGUUCCAUCAGAACUUU